AUGGCAGGCUCUCAGCAGUACAAAGACGUUGAGAUUCUCUUCAUCCUAAAGGCCAUUCUUCUCGGGCUGUCGUUCCGAUGGAUCGUCGACAUGUUUGAGAAGCGCUUCGGCCGCAGGCUGACCGACAACCAGCUCCGGUACAUCAAGAACAAGUACGGGAGAGACCCUCGCUUCGGCACCCCCGUUGCCAACGCGCAAAACUUUGGAGCCAGCCAGGCCAGCGAGUGGCCCCAGGACGACUCCAUCCUCGGCAUAGACUUUUGCCUCUUUGAGUCCCGCGGCCAGCACGUCCCCCAGCCUGACCUGCGGGUGACGGCUUCUAUUCCCCCUCGCACCAACACCCCGUCUUCUUCACCUCGACCUGCUGCUACCCCGCCGCAGCCUCUGGCCGGUCGGAAGCGCUCCCGGGACGCCGAGGAUCAAGUCGACGAGCUGGCCAGCCGAAGCCCCUCUUCUCUGUCCAGCUGCGACAAACAUCCCCCCGGUCUUCUGGCCAGCUUGCUUGAGUACCCUUUACUACCGCCUCUUGGGUCCUCCGCGGACGGGAGCCUGCUCUCUCCCCAGGAUUCUGCCCUGUACGCUGUUGAUGCGCGAACCACAAGCCAUCUCCUCGCCCACGGCGCUGGCGACUUUUCCACUUGGGACACGCACCAUCACACUCCUUUUGACCAUCUACCGUCUGGAUACCCCGACUCCUCGGCCUGCACGGGCCUCUUGCCCUGCCAUACUCCUAUCCAAGGAUUCCCGCCGGAAACCCACGUACCGAUAACGACGACCCUACAGUCCCCAUAUCAAGGACCCCGUCUCCACGAAGCAUACCCGAGCACAACUGCCAACGGGAUACAUGUGUGCCGCACGCCGUGCCCAUCGGAAACAUGCCUGCAGGACCUGCCGGUCUGCUCGCCAGAUGAGCUCAGCGAUGCGAAUACCAGCGACGAACAAGAGUUUGACGCAGUGGUUGCGUCUACAACCAUCACCGCUACUGAUACCGAUACCGACUGCAGAAAGCUGCUGUGCUCGCUCGCCGCCAUCGGAAACACAGCCGAUGGUGCGGCGUCCGCCGACGACGAAAGCCUUUUCAUGGCGCAGUUGGACGAGGCCUUCCUGCUGGGCUUGUCUGCAAUGCCCGACGAUAGGUUAAGCACGCAGACCGGCAAGCCGUACAUAUAA